UCUGACGCACGAGUCAGGUGGUUCCUCUAAUAGCAAUAGGAGCUGUCCGCGGUGCUGAAAGCACACUCAACAGCGCGACACAGAGAGAUGCUCAGUCCACUCACGAGCCUCGACAGAAACUAACUACAAAGGCGUCACCAUGUCGUCACAUCCCAAGACCUUCACUACAGGCAAACCUUUCUUCAUUUGUUUUGCCAGUCUCCUCUUAAUCCUCAUCUUCCUCUGUUCCUCUGGUGUUCAAGGGGCUUCUCUCAGAGAGCACAGACAGGGAGGAAGUGAAUCAGACUCACAGAGAGGAAAUGUCCACCAGGCUCCUAACGCUGACAUGCUCAAAGCUUUGGAGUACAUACAGAGCCUCCGUCAAAGGACCGGCACUGACUCCCAGCAGCAUGCCCCUCCUGUUACAGGGUACGAUGUCAGCCACAUGGAUGAUGCGGAGAAGCUGCGUUCUAUGCUGAGGCUGGCUUCUAAUCCUAUGCAGAGCAAAGAUGAAGAUGAGGAAGAGGAGGAAGCAGAAGAGGGAAGGGAAGAUAAGAGUGAAGAGCUGCUCCAGGCUGUGCUGAGCACCCUCCAGGAGACUGAAAAGGCCUCCAAGCCAGCUUUACUUCACCACGGCAUUGACGGAGCAGGCCAAAAGGACGACAUGUACCCCAGGGUGCAUCAGAAAGAACAUGGCAUCAGGCCUCACAAGAAGCUCCCGCUAAUGUUUGAGGAUGAGGAAGAGGAGGGGCCAGACAGGGAGCACGAAAGCCCCUUCAAACGCACAAACGAGAACGUGGAGGAGAAGUAUACGCCUCAGAACCUGGCAACACUGCAGUCUGUGUUUGACGAACUGGACAAGCUGACUACUGCCAAGACCGUGCCUAAACGCCAAGAUGAGGAGGAUGACAUGGAGGAGGAGGAUGAUGAGCAAAAAGAUGAUGACAUGUUUAACGUGAGGAAUGCAGCAUACGAUGGUGUAGUCGGGGAUUUCACAGACUUGGGUCCAUUACAAGAACAGGAAGAGGAGGAGGAGGAGGAGGAGGAGGGAGACGAGAGGGACAACAAACAUGAAACAAACCGAGGGCUUGAUUAUGUCGAUGAAAAUGAUGAAGAAGCUGAUGAGGAUGAUGAAGAAGAAGAUGAUGAAAGCUUCCCAGUCAAGAGGUCAAAUGAUGCAGAUGAUGUUGCUAACCUGAUGGACUAUUACCUUCUGAAAGUGCUGGAAAAAACAGAAGAAGAAGAGCAGAAACGCGAGAUAGAGGAAGAAGAGAAAGAGAGGGCUGAGAGGAGAGUGGUUCAGACACAGUACAGAGACAGCAUAGAACCACGGGCCAUCUACCAGCUCAUUCAGAUCUCCCGAAAAUAUCAGAUCCCACCCGAAGACCUGUUGGACAUGUUCAAAACCGGAGAAAGGAUGAAUCAAGACAAGUUACAAAAGAACAACAAAUUAUCCAGAGUAGAAAGCAGGCUCUCUCAGAUAUCCUCAAAAAAAAUGCACAAGAUUCCUGAAACUAAAUUCUACAACAGACGCUUUCCUGAUAGACAGAAGACCCCUGAAGAGCUGAGGACAGAAGAGAUACUAAACAUCCUGGGGCUAGGGGGCGGUGAGGAUCGAGCUCCUGUCAGGAAGCAGAAGCAGUACAAAAGCUCGCUGUCACGACUUCACACUCAGCCUGCGGGGCGUUCGGGGGAACCCGCUCCCACGCAACGGCGCCUUCCCAGCACAUUAAAGGACGACUAUGAUGACACAGUGGAUGAGGAUGAACUGGCAGCAUAUUUAGCAGCUCAGAUGCUGGCACAGUAUCCAAACCCCACGUACAAGAGCAACAACAAGGCGAGCCAAAAGCGAGACGAAAAUGGACAGAGCGUGACAGGCUCUUUUGAACAGGCGAUACAGGAUUAUUUUGAUCAAAUGGACUCAGACAAAAGCCCAAAUGAAAAGAGACAGUCCGAGGAUGAUGAGAGGGGUGGUGACACACAGAUGCAAGGCUUUGACAAUGAGGCGGUGAUGAAAUUGCUGAGCUACCUGAACCCAGAACCUGAAGAUAGUGAUACUGAUGCCAAGACAGCCCAUGGAAUAUAAAUAAGGCUGUAGAUACACACGCACAUAUAUAGUUUUGUUGGAGGAAGAGGGAUGAAAAUAAGUAUUUUGAAGAAUAAAACAUGUUGUCAAUUUGUCAAAUUAGUUAUUCUGUAGGUUUACAGUUCUUAUUUAUUAGCAGAAAUAUGAGUGUUCAGCCAUUCAUUUGAUGCUUUUUUUUUAAAUAAGUUUGUGGCUCAACAACACUUAACAACCAGUACAUGUGACUCACCAGCCUUGCAUUUUAAUGCACACACACACACAUACAACCAAAAUCAGUGUUGAAUCCUCUAGAUUCACUUGUGUUUUAUGGUAAUUCUUUCUUAAAUGUGGUCAUAUGUGACAUACCUGAGGUUAAUAAAGCAUUGACUUUA